UGUAAAAAUAGAUUUUAUUGAAGGAAACUGUGGCCAUACAACUGCUGUUUGGAAAAGUGACAGAAAUUUUUUAAAACCUUUAGAAGAAUAUUUAGAGUGUGGUCCUUUAAUAUUGUAUAUUGAAAAUAUAAAUGGAAUUUUUGCAGAAAUUUAUUUGGAUUUUCUUGCAGUCAUUAUUGGAAAAAUAAAAAAAAAAGACAUAAAACGUUUUACAAUCACAUUCCAAAGAAAAUACAUUACUUUAAGUUACAAAAAAGAAAUUAAUCAUUUCGAAUUAAACGAUAAUGAAAUGAAUCUCAAACUAAAAUCAUUUAUAGAGAAUAUAGACAACCGAAUUGAAUUAAAAGUAAUUAAAAUCCAAACCAGUAAACAAGAUAAUAAUACAUCUUUAAUAAAUAAUACGGUCUAUGAUGAACAAACCAGAAAGCAACUAAGAGAUGUGGAGAAUUUAUCAUUAUGGAAUUAUGUUAAAGAGGAACUAAUUCAACCGUAUUUUUUUACACUACCCAAUACAACAAUUAACGAUUUCAUUCUUAAUUCAAUAAUGUACAACAAUGUAAUUAAAUUUACUCUUAGUAGAGCAAUAAUAAUCAUGUGCGAUCGAACUUCUAAGUAUACGAUUGUGCUAUUGAUAUAUGCCUUUGAGAUUAUGAGAAUUAAUCGUUAUAUUAUACCAUGUUGGGAUGAAUUAAUAAAUAAUUUAAAAAAAUUGAGUGAUGCACUGAUAUAUUUGAAUGGCAACAAUAAAUUAAAACAUGAUUUAUAUAAAAUUGAAGAAGAAAAAAAUGUGUCUUCAUUAAUGAGCAUUUUUAAAGACUUGGUAAUUGAUUACGCAAGUAUUAUCUUAUCGCGCAAAGAACAGAACAUAUAUAAUUUUAUAGAAGAUUAUACAGAAUUUAAUGAUGUGUAUAAACCCACGUUGCCACAAAAUUUAUUGGAUAAAAUAUUAAAAGGAUUUCCAAAACAUUACCCAAACGACGAGCCAUACCAAUUUGAACUUAUACCAGAAAACCUAUCUGAAAUAGAAGAAAAAUUUCAACAAAUUUUUAAAUUAAUUGAUGUAGAAUUCAAUAAUAUUUACAAAAUAAAUUUUUUAGUAAGGUAGAUAUUUAUUUUCAAAAAUAUUUAUGGUAACUUAAUCGCACUUGUAAUAAAUAAUUUAUUCUACCAUCUUACAAUUAAUAAUAGAAAAAAAUUUAGAUGUGUCAUUAAGAUGUGAAAUAAUUUAUACAUAUGAUACUCAUUAAGCAUAUUUCAAUAUUUUUUUAAAUAAAAUGAAU